UCUGUACCUGAAUUGCGAGGUUGCUGAGCCCAACAUCGUCUAUAGCGAGCACCUUCCUUUCUUGUUCGAUCUUCUGCACCGUCCCUGCCACUUAAUCAUUGUCUUUUUACUCUCAAAGACGGAGUAUGUAGAUUUUCGCGAGUAUUUUUCACCCCCUUCUUCUUCCUCAUUUUCUCGCUUCCAAAACACUGUUCUUAAACCGGAGAAACCAUGGCUUCUGCGACCCCCAAAUUGGAGCUUAGGGAGCUCGGGAACACCGGGCUUAAGCUCAGCUGCGUGGGUUUUGGAGCGUCACCUCUGGGCAAUGUCUUCGGCACCGUUUCUGACGAAGAGGCCAAUGCUGCUGUCCGUGAAGCCUUUCGUCUGGGAGUUAACUUCUUUGACACUUCUCCUUAUUAUGGAGGGACAUUGUCAGAGAAAGUUCUAGGCAAUGCGCUAAAAGCUCUGGGUGUUCCAAGAAAUGAGUAUGUUGUUGCAACAAAAUGCGGACGAUACAAGGAGGAGGGCUUUGAUUUCAGUGCAGACAGAGUAACCAGGAGUAUUGAUGAGAGCUUGGAAAGAUUGCAGCUGGAGUAUGUUGACAUACUAUACUGCCAUGAUAUUGAAUUUGGUUCUUUGGAUCAGAUUGUUAAGGAAACAAUCCCUGCCCUUCAGAAAAUAAAGGAAGCUGGGAAAGCUCGUUACAUUGGUAUUACUGGGCUUCCUUUGCAUAUUUAUACUUACGUGCUUGAUCGUGUACCACCUAGAUCAGUGGAUGUAAUAUUAUCAUAUUGCCAUUACUGUAUAAAUGAUUCAACCCUGGAGGACAUAAUACCAUAUCUAAAGAGCAAAGGUGUUGGUAUUGUCAAUGCUUCUCCUCUAGCAAUGGGGCUUCUCACUGAGAGCGGCCCUCCAGAAUGGCAUCCAGCUUCACCUGAACUCAAGUCUGCAUGUCAAGCUGCAGCCGCCUACUGCAAAGAAAAGGGGAAGAGUAUUGCAAAGUUAGCAAUGCAGUAUAGCUUGUUAAAUAAAGAAAUCACAUCAGUGCUAGUUGGCAUGAAGUCUGUUAAGCAGGUGGAGGAGAAUGUUGCUGCUGCGACAGAACUUGCAGCUUCAGGGAUUGAUGAAGAAGCUUUAGCAGAGGUUGAAGCUAUUCUAAAGCCAGUAAAGAAUCAGUCAUGGCCAAGUGGAAUCCAGCAGAGCUAAUGUUCUUGCUGCUUUGUAAUUUGCCUUAACUUCUACUGUCUGGUAUUUUCAAUUAAGGUGACCCUCUGGUUGCCCUGUUUGUGUUGUAGUUCCUCUGCUUCUGUUCAGUAUGAGAAUACACUUUUUAACAGAUGCAAAUUUACCGUUUGAAUUAUUUAUCCCCAACCAUUUGUUUAGUGUCAAAGGUCCUCAUUUCAUUGCCCCUAUAGACAUACUUGCUAACAAGCUAGGCUUCUAGGAUUGGAGUUGGUUCUAAAUAUAAGCAAUAUUUUUAUUUCCUGAAA